AUGCAAGCAAUUCGAAAAGCCAUAGGCGUUCGAAUCAAAGAAGAAACGGAGGUUUUAGAAGGUGAAGUUGUAAGCAUAGAAAUCGAUCGACCGGCCACUGGUGGAGGUGCCAAAGUUGGAAAGCUUACGUUGAAAACCACUGACAUGGAAACGAUCUACGAUUUGGGCACCAAAAUGAUUGAUGCCUGUAUCAAGCAACAGCUGUCGACUGGCGAUGUUGUUGAGAUUGACAAAGCUUCCGGCCGAAUAACAAAGAUUGGCCGAGCUUUUGCGCAUAAUUAUGAUUUUGAUGCGAUGGGUCCACAGACAAAAUUUGUGAAAUGCCCUGAAGGCGAAAUCCAGAAACGGAAGGAGAAAAUCCACACUGUAGUAGAAUGGCGGGAAGAAAAUAAAGCGGAUGUUGUGCCAGGUGUCCUGUUUAUCGAUGAGGCGCACAUGUUGGAUUUGGAGUGCUUCUCGUUUUUGAAUCGAGCGGUUGAGGCUGAUCUUUCGCCAGUACUUGUUAUAGCCACCAAUAAGGGGCACGAGUUUAUUCGUGGAACACAGAUCAAAAGCCCUCAUGGAAUUCCGAUUGAUCUCCUGGACCGGUCGUUGAUAAUUCGAACACAAACAUAUUCGAGUAAAGAUAUCGAAGAUAUUCUACGGAUUCGAGCACAAGAAGAGUCUGUAGAGAUGGAAGAAGAUUCGUUUGGUAUACUAACAAUUCUAGCUGAUAAAACAUCCUUGCGCUACGCGAUGCAACUCAUCUCUACAGGCAAUGUUUUGCGAGAGCGAAGGCGCGGUGAAAAGGUAUCACCAGCAGAUCUCAAGCGAGCGUAUUCGUUAUUCAUGGAUCAGAAAAGAAGCGAAAAAUUUUUGAACGAUUAUCAAAAGCAUUUCAUUAAUGAUUAA